GUGGCGCCCUCUUUGUUGCAAUGACAGCGAUUGCCACGCCGUAUUGAGUGGUUUCUUGGUGUUAUCUGUUUACUUAGUGCUUUUUAGAACUGUUAUUUAGGAUGAAUCUGUCGAGUAGCGAAACCAAUAAACAAACAAGUGCUGAGAAUGCAACACCUCCCGAAACGAAAGGAGCCGAGAGUAGCAGUCCUGAUCAAGAAAUGGAGACACGUGAAUUUUUGCACGUACGCAAGGAAUACUCUCCCCCCAUUUUGCAGAACAAAAAGAUGACAACAAGGCGUGACAUCAUACCAAGCCUUUGUAAAGAUAGCCCUUGGGUCUAUUUUACCAAUGAGGGAGACCCCAGUGACCGUGAUCCUGAGAAAUGCGGAAAGUGGAUGCUAUUCCUGGAUCAGCGGCAGACCAGUGUGGCCACCGGAAUGACGGAUCUUGAUGAUGCAUGGCUAAAAUUAAUCAAAAUGGACAAUUUUCAAAGUACGGGAAUAUGCUCGGCCAAGUGUUCAACAGGAAUGCAAUCGGGCUCGGAUAAUCGGAACGGAGUCAUUUGCUGCUACAUUCCAGACUAUACAGACAAACCUCAAGUGAAGAAAGCUGGCGAUACUAUUCGAAAAUUGGUUGACGUGACGAGUCCUAUAUAUUUCAAAACAGAUAUGGAUACCUAUGAGGGAAAAUAUAGGCAAACAGGUCAUAGUAAUAUUUCCCUCUAUAAGCACACAACUGACAACAAGUUGUAUGAAAGACAGUCAAAACACAGUGCCUGGAAACUGAUAUGCUUCGAUGACCUAGAAAAGAAUACAGCUAGGGCUGGAUUUAACAAACUCUUUGGGGUCUCAAAAAAAAGUGUGCUAAACUGAAAGCUUAUAACAUUAACAAGUACCGAAAACUACAUCUAUAUCAUCAGCAUUAAGGCUUAAAUAAAAAAAAACAUUAUACAGACUACUGCAACUAAUUUUCACGAUUUCAGCCAAUUAUUUACUGUUUGAAAGUUACAUCAGUCUAAAACAUUAUUUAAACUAUUUUAUUCAUAAUGACAGAAUUGUUAAAUUUGCUUUGAACUUUGAAUAGAGCUUUGAACUUGAUAACUUUUGCUUGAAUGCUGAUGGUAUAAUAUAUAUGCAGUCGUAUCCAACCUACAGCCCACAGACCAGAUCUGGCCCACAAAGCCAAACCAUGAUGCCUGUCAUUAUGUUCAAUGUCACAGAUUAAUAAAUAUAUUCUAAAACUUUCAAAAACAACAGAUAGUCUAUAUUUGGUAUUAUGAAAGAGAGUUGCAAGUUUGAAGCUAAAAAGUUAAGAAAUUGGUUUCUAUAAAACAGUUGGAAACUUCAUAUUUAAGCAUGCAGCAAUGUUGACAACCAUUUUUGAUUUAUUUUCUUUCUUUUUCCCAUGUUAUCUACAAAAAAGAUUUGAAUAUAAUUUAACUUUAUGCAGGGCCUGAUUAACGCACGGUCCGGCGGGUCCGUGGACCUGGGCACCACAAAUUUAGGGGCACUAAAAUAGCCUAAAUUAACUUACUUCCUUCCUUUUUUUUCUGUUAAAGUGAACAUUCCUUUUCAGCAUUGAAAAGAAUCAAAAAUCGUUUUAGAAGCUGCGUUUCUCAGGAUAAUUUACAGGCGUUUCCGUAUUGACCAUUGAAAAUUCUGACAUCAAAAUUAGAUUUUGAUGAUGUGAUCGACACAUUUGCCUCUGUUAAAG